AUGACGGCUCCUUUAGCCGGCGUGGAGGGCUUCGAUCUGUGCGUGUCCGGCGACGGCCUGACCCACCUCCAGAACGCGUGCAGGAGGCUCGCCGCGGUCACAGUGUGGGCGCGCGUGUCGCCGCAGCAGAAGGAAUACGUGCUGGCCGGGCUCAAGGCCAGCGGUCACAUCGCGGCCGGCCGGGAGCAUCUUCGCGCCGGGCGUCGUGGUUUCGCGGUGCACUACUACGCGCUCACGCAGGUGCUCGAUCUGGCGCACGCCGCGCAGGGCCUCGAGAACCGCGCGUCGCUGGACGCCCAGUUCACGCCCAACAUGGUCAACACGGCCGUGUUCCUCAUCACGUCGGCCAUGCAGGUCGCCACCUUCACCAUCAACCACAGGUUCAAGUGGACGAUGGUGGGGUACGUGGUUGGGGACUUCGUCAUCGCAUUCGUGUGGGACCGAGUUUGCCUGCUCGUGUUCAGGCGAGCAUGA